AUGGCUUCCCGGCUUUUCGCUGCAGUGGCUCGCCGCGGUCGAUCGUGCGGCGCGCUGCUGAGUCAGCAGCAGCCUGCGCGGCUCGUUCAGGAGCGCGCGAUGGUGCUCGGCGCGGACCACACGAGCAAGUGGAUGCAGAGGGUGGAGCAGGAGUCCCCCAUGGAGCUCAUCAACGCCGUGCCGCCCAUCCUCGUGCACUCACGCGUCGUUGCCUGCCGGGGCGGCCCCAACCCCGCCCUGGGCCAUCCAGUGGAGUAUAUCAACGUGGACGCCCCUCAGCCCGCUGUCUGCAAGUACUGCGGCCUGCGCUUCCUGCAGGACCACAGCCACUGA